AUGGAGGGUGAGGCAGUCCUCUUGGAAGCUUUGCAAGUCGAAUGGUGUAGGUUGAGGGCCUGUGCCAACCAGUGGGUCGAAGAAGUGGAACUCCUGCUUGAAGAGAUGCAGCAUGUCAGUGCUUUUCUUGCAUGGCAUGCUGCAUGGUGGGACGAGCAGGCCACACAAAGGGUAGGCCUAGAUGAUGCUUUAUUGGAAGGCAUCCGAGGCUAUGCCAAAUGCCAAGCAACCCAGCACAGGUCUAUGAGAGAUGUAUUCCUCACCAAGUGGAGUAUUGUACCCGCCCUCCUUCAUCCCGAAGCAACCGCUGCUCCCAUUUAG